UGGAGCAUUGCAUAUCAAGAAAGGAAGGCAUGUGCUUGUACCUAAUAGCAUCGGUGCUUAUUCACUUACUCACUGUAGAAUCACAUGAACUCUAUGGCGAUAUCCACAAGCCGGGUGAAUUCGAGUCUCUUAGCCUGACACGCGAGCGGCAGCAACAUCUAUGCCAACGCGAGGUACCUGCGGUUUUCUUUCAAGUGAAAAAAGAUGAAGUUAUACGAGGAAAUGGUUCAACCAUAUUUUAUCACCGCAUUGAACAAUGCUGCAAUGGAUAUCGCAAGGAUCUUCGCACUGGACAUUGUGUGCCAGAUUGUUCAAUGACUUCACCUGAUAAUUGCCGCAACGGCUUCUGUCGUGGCCCAGGACAUUGCGAAUGCUUUGAUGAAUUUGUGAAAAAUGAACGUGGCGCUUGUAUACACACAUGCCCAAUAGCUUGCCAGAAUGGACGUUGCUAUCUUAAUGGCACUUGCUCAUGUCAUCAUGGUUAUGCCUUGGAUCAGGAGACACGUUCCUAUUGUCGACCGUACUGCUCAAAGGCCUGCGGCACGCAUGAAGAGUGCGUGGCUCCGGGUAAAUGUGACUGUUCGAUGGGUUAUCAUCGCACAUCAGAUCUGGGCUGUCAGCCAGUUUGUACUCCAGAUUGUGGCUAUGGCAAAUGUGUGGGUCCCAAUCAGUGCGAGUGCUUUGGCGGUUUCACAAAGCGACAUCAAAGAAAUGUAUGCGAAGCUGAAUGCUAUCUUAAUUGUGAGAAUGGCUAUUGCGAGACGAGAUACAAGUGCCAGUGUCGUGAGGGCUAUCGUUAUGAUUUGAAUACUACUAGUUGCCUGCCUGAAUGCGUGGACAAUUGUGGCCAUGGCAAUGGCCUGUGUAUAGCUCCGGGUGUAUGCCGCUGCUUUGAGGGCUAUGAACUCAAAGGCAAUAGUUGUGAGCCCAAGUGUGAAGAAUCCUGCGGCUCCCAUGGUCAAUGCUUAGAGCCAAAUAUCUGUGGCUGUGGUCCCGGUCAUCAGCAUUGUUUAAGAGGUCAUUGCGAUGGAAAUGGCAAAUGUUUAUGCCCAAAUGGUCAAUACCAUUUCAUCGAUCAGUGUCUACGAUCUGAACAUAUUUUAGAACAACUUGUCUCUAGCGAAAGAAGAAAACAUUUUAAUUACCAACUUAGUUAUGAAUUUAAUGCCCUUGUGGGGCGUCUGUUUAAUCUCAGUUAA